UCCCUGGAGAUCAUCGCCACAAACGUGUGUAACUGAAACCUGCAGCCAUGCUGAAACAGAUACUAUCGGACAUGUACAUCGAUCCUGACCUGCUUGCAGAACUCAGUGAGGAGCAGAAGCAGAUUCUCUUCUUCAAGAUGAGGCAGGAACAGAUCAGACGGUGGGAGGAAAGAGAAGCUGCUGUGGACAAGGCUUCAGUAAAGAAGCCACUGCCAAGAAAAGCCAACAGCAAGUCGGUGACAUGGAAGCUCGGCGCUGACAACGAUGUCUGGGUCUGGGUGAUGGGUGAGCAUCCUUCAGAUAAAUCGUACGCAGCCAUCUGUGAAGAGAUCCAGGCACAAAGAGCAAAGCGGUUAGCGAGAGAGCAAAGCAAGGAGGGCAGAGAGACUGACUCUUCUUUAACACCAUCUCCUCAACCACAACCAGGAGCCCUGGGUGAGACAGAUCUUCAUGGAAAUAAAAAAAGCACUGUGGAGGAAAAGAAGGAAGGUGGGAGAAAAACUGCUGCUGCUACUGCUGCAACAGGGAAAAGCCAGGAGCUCACGAAGAGGGAAACCAGAGAUGUUCACCAGAUGUUGGCAGACUGCCACAUGAGGAAGCAUGGCUUCCAACAGACAAAGGAAGCACAGAGGAGAAAUUCAGAAGAAGAGACCACAGCCCCUCAGGAGGCAAUACCACAGAGCCACCCCAGCUUGGAGAGCCAGAGGACGCUGCAGAAAUCAGAUGAGAAUGAGCCUGAAUGGCAGGAAUCCUUGCGGAAAUCCAAGGCAGCAGAUGAGAAGAGACGCUCCCUUGCACAGCAAGCCAGGGAUGACUACAGAAGGCUUUCACUCCAGGGCAUCCGCAGACGGAAGCAGGCAAAUAUUUCCAAGGGUGCCGCAGCAGGAGAUCGGCGUCCACUCCAAUAUCCGCCUCUCCCCCCUAAGCCUAAACAUCUACCUCCUGCGACGGCAAAUGGGAGAGCAACUAGGAAAGAGGGAAUCCAGAGGACAACCUCCAAUUGCACCGAAGAAAGCAUCAUCAAGUGGUUCAAAGAGGAACAAUUCCCUCUCCGAGCUGGCUAUCAGAAAACCGCGGACACGAUAGCACCUUGGUUCCAUG